AUGAUCGUCGCCGUCGUUCUCGCUCUAAUGAUCGCAGGCGCAGGUCUCGCAGUCGAAGCAGACAUCGCAGACGCAGAGCAGCGUGAUGCUGGUAUGGUUCGCGAAACUGCUAAGGAUCGAGAGUGGAGGAAAAAGCGGCUACUCCGUUCUCCUUCUGACUCACCCCCACCUCGUCGUCGUUACUCACGCUCUCCUCGCAGAUCUCGCUAUUCGCCAGCUCGACGUACUCGGUAUAAUGACGGCAGGGACAACCCUGAGCCGUGUGCUUGUUUAGGAGUUUUUGGUAUGUCGCUUAGUACAACAGAACGCGACCUCAAACGUAUUUUUGGCGACUAUGGCGAAAUAGAAACAGUUCAGCUUGUCUAUGACCGUUACAGCGGACGCUCCCGCGGUUUCGGGUUCGUUUACUUUCAGACUACGAAGGAAGCUAUCAGGAGUCAGAGAAAGUCCAGGUCAAAAGCGACGCGAGUGAGGAAAUCAUCUAUUAAAGUGCAUUAUGGAGUGGAAAAGUUCACCGGCUGGCUUGGGAGCGGCCCAGGACAAAAUCAGUGCUUGAAUUAUGGGAAUUCUCUCCUCUGCGAUUUAAUACGUGUCAUUUAUGCAAAAGAGAAUCUGCGUGAUGCAGUGAUUGAUGGCAUGCGUGUUCGUGUUGACUUUUCAGUGACUAAAGGGGCUCCAACAUAUGGACGGCCUCGUCGUUCACGCAGUAGAAGUGCAGACAGUUAUUACCGUUCUCGAUCCUGA